AUGGGGUUUCAGAGCAUUAUUCACUAUAGCAUCGAUUUCACAUUGGCAGCGAUGGUAUUAGCAGCAAUACGACACAAUACAGGUUUGGUGUUUGCUUAUGAGGAUUAUGAUGUGGGCAAUUACAUUCGCAAGUACUUGAUGUGGGGUGAGUGGUGUUAUGGCCAAGUUGUUGCGUAUGUGAAGGGUUCCAAGAGGUUCAGAAAACAGCUACCUCACGAUGAGCUCACAGGGCAUCCUCGGAUACAAGAGAUCAAUUGA